AGAAAACCAGGUGCCCUCGGAGCAGGCUUUAUGUGGCAGAUAGUGUUUGCUCUGUGGAAAAUCGGGGGGUUAACUUUUGACUGUGUUUAGUUCUUGAUUUCUAAUGCUGAUAUGCCAUGUGAUCAGUUGGCAAAGUACUAACUUUAAAAAAAAAAUCGUAUCCUUUUACCUAUGUGAAAGACUACUGUGACAGCCACCCAUGCUUCAUUUCUUUCUCUCUUGUUUUCCUCUUUUGUUCACAUAUGGACAUUUGCCCUUGAGAAGGCAUGUUUCAAUUUAGAGGCAAUGUCUAUGAUAGGAAGUAGUGAAAGCUAAUUGAUUCAUUUGAAGUUGAGACUUGCAACUUCUACCAAUUCGCACCAUCCUCUAACCUACUGAGUUAAAUGCAAUAGAAUAGCAACUCUACAGCUGCUUUGAAACUCUUUUGCCCUCAUUUCAAAGCCCAACUCAUCUUAUUUAGUUAAGAAACAUGUGGUAUAACUGCGAUAAGGAAGAAAAAGAAAAACGUGUUGUCACUUGAGUGAGGCUGCCUUAGUAAUGUUACUCUGUCAGGGUUGGGUGUUUACUGUCCUUUGGAAAAGAACAGGCCUAAACAGUAUCUUCCUCAUCCUGGAGCUAUAAGGAAGGCACUGUGAUUGAGAUCAGAGAUGCCUUCUUAGCUAAUUUUUAAUCAAAUUAAAUUAAAUACACAGCAAAAGGAUAGGAGUAAAAAGCUGGAUUUAUUUUAAAGGACCUUUUUCACAUAAACUUACUUUCUUGAACAAAAUGUGAGCUACCUAGACAAUGAAAUUAAAAAGUCAGUGGGAGAAACAGAUACAGAAUCAAAGACCUACAUUUAAAUUUUGAGCCUAAGUUAUUGUAUUUUGUGUUCAUAAGUUUUUUGUAUGUAAGACGAGGUAAAUAAUAUUUAUCUCAGAAUCAUUCUGAAGAUCAAAGGCUUUACAGUUUAGAGCAGUGUCUGGCCCAGGAUAGGUUCUUACUAAAUAGCAGCCACAUCAAUAAUAAUGAUGAAUAUUAUUGAAGACUUUACCAAGCCAAAAAGAAAAAGAAAAGGACAUGGGGAGCACAAGGGAGAGUGGUAAUAAAGUGACCUGAUUAUAUGUGUAUAUAAAAUAGAUUGCAUUAGGUAUCAUGAGGAUUAGUGUGAUAGUGACCUUGUUGCUAAGUGCAAAAGCAAAACAAUGACAUAAAAACAAGUAGGCUAGGCACUCAGUGGAGGAGAGAGAUGGAGGCAGACGCUGCAGGAACAAAAAGCUGAGUAAAAGGGGCCUUUGAUUCCACAGGCACAAAAAUCCACAGCCAGGAAUUUGCUGCCACCUCUGAGUCAGGCAGGGGGUGGGGGUGGGGAACACCAUUCCUUUAGAGAAUGCCCAGUGGAUUUAGUCUGAGUGUCACAUUUCUUAUUUGGAACAGUGUAGAUAGAAACAAACUCAGCUCACUUGUUUCCUGGGACAUUUGAGUUAGGGGAUGGCUUUCGCAGAGCACUCACCGCUGACCCCUCACCGUCGGGAUCUCUGUAGCCGCUCCAUCUGGCUAGCAAGAAAGAUUCGUUCAGACCUGACAGCUCUUAUGGAAUCUUAUGUGAAGCAUCAGGGCCUGAAUGAGAACAUGGACCUGGAUUCCGUGGAUGGUGUGCCAAUGGCAAGCACUGAUCGGUGGAGUGAGCUGCCUGAGGCAGAGCGACUCCUAGAGAACCUCCAAGCUUAUCGUACCUUCCAUGGUAUGUUGAUCAGGCUUUUAGAUGACCAGCGGGUGCAUUUUACUCCAGCUAACAGUGACUUCCAUCAAGCAAUACAUACCCUUCUACUCCAAGUUGCUGCCUUUGCUUACCAGCUGGAGGAAUUAAUGGCGCUCCUGGAACUCAAGAUCCCCCCCAGUGAGGCUGAGGAGAUGCCUGAAAUUGUUGGAGACGGUGGUCUCUUUGAGAAGAAGCUGUGGGGCCUAAAGGUGCUGCAAGAGCUUUCCCAGUGGACAGUGAGGUCCAUCCAUGACCUUCGUGUCAUUUCUUCUCAUCAGACUGGGAUCUCAGCACAUGGAAGCCGAUUUUGUUGCAGUUCUCAGUUGACUGGCAGGAGCAAAAAGAUUUUUAACCCAGCCCUGAACUUACACAACUGGCUACCAGGAAUAUGGAGGCUGAUCGAUGAGGACUCAGAAACACCUGGAUGCUGCAUACCUGAUCACCGCCCGACCAGUUUCAGAACACUGACCAUCCUGUUCCAGGCACCAAUAAUAAAGACAUUCAUUGAGCCCAAGACCCCCACAGGGACUCAAAUUCCAGGGCUGCAAACCACCAGAAACCCCCUUAUACUCCCUGCCCACAUUCCCCCCCCCCCCCCCCGAUUUCUUUGUUCUGCUUUCCCUCUCCCUCCUUUUAAAAAACACCUACCUAUGAGAGGGAGAGAUGGGUUUUUGAGGACAAAAAAAGUCCCCCAUCUCCCCAUUUGCUGGCAAUUGAAAUAAACU